GGCAUGUAGCGUGUUUUGGCGUGCUUGCUUGCGCAGAUUUUGAUGGCCCGAUGACGGACGGGGACUUUUAGUUUGCUAGAGAGACAUAGCGGGUUGGAAGAGAGAAGAAAAAAAGUAUUUGGGCUCCGUCAUACCCCCCUCUUGCUGGUGGUGUCUUUUGCUGCUCACGCCUCUGUACACGGCUUUCCCCCCCCUCCCAAUACAGAUAUACCCUUUUCUUCUCCCCUUUUUGCCUUUUGCCGAGUUGGCCGAGACAAGAUGGGUUCCGUACAGCAAGACAUUGCUACGCUUAACAGCCUCGCGGCUCAGAUCAGCGAGCUGGCUGCCAAAAUGACCAAGCAGCUCGAAGCAGACAAGGUCCCACCCGUGACGCUUCUAGCAGACAGCCCGAUCAAAUACGAGCGGCUCCCAGGCGACGUCUUCUUGACUCGCCAGCUCCUUGAAGAUGCGCUGAAGGACAUGUGGAUCUUGAGCCAGGGGCCCAGCGAGAGCGUCUUCAACUACGUGCACAUGGCCAUCCCGGACACUUCAUGCUUGAACAUCCUCAACCAAUUCGACUUCUGGAACGCGGUGCCCGUGGGCGGGCAAGCGAGCUACGAGGAAAUAGCAAAGUACACCAAGCUCCCCCUUGAAGUAGUCAGCCGCGUGCUAGACCACGCAAUCACCAUGCGCUUCUUCGUCAAGCCCUCUCCAACCGCUACGUCCGUCCUGCACACCUCGCGCUCCGCCGCGCUCGCCAAAGACUCCGGGCUCUCCGCCCUCGUCCAGAUGGUCCUGGACGAGACGGGCCCGCCCAUGUUCCUGCUUCCAGAAGCGCUCCGCCGCUUCAGCCAGGGCAAGCCCGAGAUUACCAAGAACAUGAAGGAGACGGCGUUCAAGCUGUGCUAUUCGGGCGGUGCGUGGGGCGACUAUGAGAAUAGCUGGGACUUUAUUGAGAAUGAUGGCGAGGGAGAGAAGAAGGGCUGGCGCCAGAGGAACUUUGUAAAGUUCAUGGCGUACAUCAAGGAUCUGUUCGGCACCGAGGGGAUCGUGCUCGAUGCUAUUGAUUGGAAGGCCGCGGGCGAUGUCACAGUAGUCGACCUCGGCGGCUCAGCAGGCCACGACGACGCCGUCCUGGCGACCAAAUUCCCCAAUCUGAAGAUCAUAGUUGAAGACCUGCCCGAAGUCGCCCCCGUCUUCGAAAAAGAAUUCCCCUCCGACCUACGAUCGCGCGUGUCGUUCCGUACGCACAACCUAUUCGACCCGCAGCCGGUCUCAGCAGACAUCUACAUUAUGAAGUGGAUCCUGCACGACUGGCCGGACGUCGAGUCAGUCAAGAUCCUGCAGGCGCUGCGGCCGGCGCUCAAGCCCGGAGCGCGCAUUGUGUUUAUUGAUUACGUGGGCAAGCAGGAGCCCAGCGAGGAGGAGCUGCCGAGGAGUAUCCAGGGCUUUGGUACCGCGACGGACUUGCGCAUGAUGGCCCUGUUCAAUGCGAAGGAGAGGCCGGUGCAGGCGUGGAAGGAGAUUUUCAAACAGGCGGAUGAGAGGUACGAUGUUGUCAGGGUCAAGGCGGAUCCGUUGAGCUUCAUGUGUGUACUAGAGGCUGUGUGGAGGGGCUAAUCGAUAGCUCCAUGACGUCGUCGAGCGGUUAGCUAUACCAGAGUAAAGGUCACACAAAUAAAUACCUUCUAGUAGUCCAUCUCCGC